GUUGCAACUGAAGAAUAGCUGAAGCACAUCACAUGCCUUGAAAAUGUCUUGGAGUUGGGCCUCAAGUAAUUUUAACUAUCCUGUCAACAGCAUUGCAACAUAUUAUGCUGAAAGAGGAACUGGCCAACAACCUAGACAAUUUCCAAAUAUUCCCUUAUGUGAUCAGAUUGGAUUUCCAAUACCAGUGCAUACUAUAAAUCACAACAAUAAUGUGCAACUUAGAAACAGGCCUAGGCAAUACUAUGAGCCAAGAGGGCAGUUCCAACAGAGGCAUUUCCAAGCACCACACCAUAAUGGCUAUAGAAACAGGCCACGAAACAGACCUUUUUUGAAUAAUCCAUACUCACAUGAUAAUAGAUUUACUCAAAAUUUAAAUUAUGAGAGUCAGCCACGAAUAUUCCACCCAUCUCCGCUGUUACCCACACCAUCUGCAGGAAACCCUAGAAACCCAACAUCUGUCGGAAACCCUAGAAACCCACCGUCUGUCGGAAACCCUAGAAACCCAACAUCUGUCGGAAACCCUAGAAACCCAACAUCUGUAGGAACAAACUCAAGCUGGGAGCAAGAAUGGCAGCGUGUGGAAAACAUGAAUUUAGUUAGAACUGUUACUAUAAAGCAAGAUCCAUUUUAUGAGGUUCAUGAUACAAUAUUACAGAACAUUAUUGUGAAAAAACGUUCAGAGCAAAUGCAGUUCACUUUCAAAUUUAACCUAACGUCUGACCAUCUGGAAAACCUUCACACAGACGACACAUAUCAGGUGCAACUAAGAUUCUGCAAGCUUGAUACAAUGAGGGAGCAACCUGAUUAUUUUCCCAUUUCUUUGCAAGUUGCUGUCAAUAAUGAAUUUCUCCAUCUAAAGGGUUUACAUGAAGUGCCAAAAGGACCUGCAGAGCCAAUAGACAUAACUAGAUUCUGCUAUUUAACACAGCAGACUACAAAUGAAGUUCUUGUUCGGACUUAUGAAGAAUGCAAAAUGUAUGUUUUCCUUGUGAAAAAGCUGACAACCAGUGAUUUAAUACAGAGGUUAAAAGAUACACCUCAUGCAAUACCAGCAAUCACAACUGAGAAAAUUAAAGAAAAGUUGAGUCAAGAUACUUCUCUAGAAGAAAUUGCCCCAACCACUCUACAGUGCUCUUUGCUGUGUCCCCUUGGUAGAACCCGCUUAAAACUCCCUUGCCGUGCCUGGACCUGCAAACAUCUCCAGUGUUUUGAUGCUGCUACUUAUAUUCAGAUGAAUGAACAAAAACCUAAAUGGUGUUGUCCAGUUUGUCGUGAAUCUGCCCAUUACAAGAACCUGCAUAUUGAUGGGUAUUUUUUCAAUGUCUUGGCGGAAAAUACCACAGAUGAUACAAUAGUGUUGCUUGCUGAUGGUUCCUGGAAACCAAUGAAUGUAGCUGAGCAAGAAUCAGAGCAAGUAGGAGAGACUUCGGAAAGGAUUCAGCAUGGGGAAAGCACAACUGUACCUGUGACUGAGAAAACAAUAAAUAUAGAAAGUGAUGAUGAUGAAGACUGUGGUAAAGACCAUGCUUCUGAGGAUAAUGAAGAUUCCAUUGUGGCAAGUACCUUGUCAUCAACUGUGGAAACAAUUACCCUUAGUGAUGAUGAACCGUCAGAUCCAGAGAGUCUGGAAAUAACAAGAACUAGUUUUAGAUUCUGUAGCACUCCAAUGUCCUCCCAAAGAAGAACCAGACAAUGUGAUUGUCAAAGUCAGUCUAUUAGCCCAAGAACCAGAGGCAGAACAUCUCGGUUACAAAACAACAGUGAAAUCAGUGAUGUAUCUUCUGCCUUUGAGGACACCAGCUUUGAACAGUCAAGCCAUGCUUCAGAUGAUUCAUUCUUACCACUCUCUGUAUCUAAUCCUCGCCGGAAUUUUCCUGAACGAACACGAAAGAGAAAGGCAAAGAGACAGACUGGUAGAAGAGCCUUGAAAAGACUGUUAAGGGAGAAGGAAGGCAAAUGGAAGUCACCAAGACAAACAAUGCGGAAAUCACAACCAAAAAGGGGAAAACAGGGUAGAGCAAACAGAGCUGGGAAGUAGAGCUGAUAUUCUUACAUAUUUACUGAUUAUAUGUCCCCAAAAGUAUGAGGAAAACAGCUUCCAGAUCAUUUGUGGUGCUUUUGCUGACAAUUAAAACCCAAGAGAUAGAAAAGUACUACUAGACCAUACCAGCAGUAUUUUUUGUGUUGAGCUUGCAGUUUCAACAUUAUUUACAGCAACUGAUACCACUAAAAUAAAUGUGGAUAGUUUUGGUAUAUUUUCCUUGCGGCUUACUGUACUUACUGUACUUUAAAUGUACACAAGAUGUUCAGGUAUCUGGGAGAAACCUUGAGAUAAAUGUAAGAGAAAAGAUCUUUACAGAUAUAGCAACAGUAUUUUUGUAUUUUAAGCUUUUGUAAUGUGAUUUGUUCAUUUUACUUUUGGUGCCAGGUAUAUGUUUUUUCCACUGUAGUCUGUGAUUUUUAAAUUUUGUUUACACAUACAUAAAUUUUUGGGAAAGUUUUUAUUUCUCAUACUAUUUUUAUUGUUAUUAAUCUUAUCAUCAUUAUUAUCAUUAUUAUUUUUACAAUAUUAUUGAGAAUAAUGAUAGUAAUGAAAAUAAGAACCUUUCUUCCCCAAAAUUGAAGGAAUGGGGUGAACUGGGGAGAUACAGUAGAUUUUGUAAUGGAAUCUUGAUGACUAAGCACAUGUGGAGCUUAGCAAAAUUCUUCAAAAAAAAGUCAUAUGCACUCAAGGCAUCAAUAGUUUAAAGAGCCAUGUUGAAUUAUACUUUGAAAAGGUUAUAUUUGACAGAAUAUUAAUCUUUAUCUGUCCAUUAACAUUAUGAAGAAUUACUAUCAUUUUUAUAUUUCACCAAGGUUAUUGUCUGGGAACAUUUGAUUUUAAAAAAUGCAGAUACUUAUAUUCUCAUAAAAAAAAAUAUUAUUUUGUGAAGUAUUUUCUGUAUGUACAGUGUGUUUUUUUUCAUGAAUGUGUAAGGAUGUGGAAAUUCUUUCUUGCUGCAAGUUAGAUAUUUGUUAUUGCUGUGAAAAAACUUCUUCGCUACUAUUUUCCAAAUUUAUUUUAAAAACCAUGCCAACUCUUCUUUGAAUUUUCUCUAGUUUUUCUGUUUACUUGGAUGCAGUGGUCCUGUACAAAGCCUAUUUUAAGAAGUUUUGUUAUAUUUUAUACAGAUUAUGUAUUUUGCCCUACAAAGCACA